UCGUAAUUAGUUGGUUUAAGAUGCCAAAAAAAUUAUUUACUUGGUGAAUAUAAUACAUCAAAUAUUACAAAUACAUUAUUUAGUUAAAUAAAUAACUAAAAACCGAAAAUUCAAACCCGCGCUGGCGCGCAGAUGAGGGUCUAGUUUCCCUAAAACAAUACACGGAUAAAUACCAAUCACAUGCAAAGCUGUAUAUGAUUGUAUACACGUAUCCAAAGCUGUAUAUGCAUGUAUACACGGAUAAAUACCAAUCACAUGAACUCACAUUUACUUCAUCCAGUGACAAACAACUCUAGCCAACCACAUAAACUCAAAAAAAGGAGAAGAUGAAUACUUUGUUUUACUUCCUUCUUGCCUCAACCGCAGUUUUGGCCACCACAGCAAACGCGAGCGAACCAGUUGUCGACGCUGAUGGUGAUCUCAUAUCCGACGGCAGCUACUAUGCUGUCCCCGUCUCCGACAAUGAAGGUGGCCUGACUCUCGGUUCCGGUGGUGGCAACCAAUGUCCCUUUUAUAUCGGACCGGAAUUAUCAACGAAGAACAAGGGCCUUGCCCUAAAAUUCUCAAACUGGGGGUCAUGGGCUGAGUUCGUUCCCGAAUCAGAGAACCUCAACAUCGAGAUGAACGUCCCCCCAUCUACGAUCUGCGGUCAGUCCUCCUAUUGGUGGCUCACUGAGACUCAGAGUAAAGGAUUGCUGUUCAUAGCAGCUGGUCCUAAGCCAGAAACCGGAAAAGAUUCGUCCAAGAGUUUCUUCCAGAUCAAGAAAGCUGGUGAUUUUCUUCGCGGUUACAAGUUUGUGUAUUGUCGUAACGAUAAGAGCUGCUACGAAUUUGGGAUGGUUGUGGACAGAUUUGGCUAUAACCGUUUGGCUCCAGCCAAUCUGCCAUUCCUCGUUGACUUCGUGAAAGCUGACAAGACAGAGACUUCGUCAAAGUCCAAGACAGACAGCUUCGUUAAAGACUACAAAGAGUUCGUUGAGUUAGAGGAUAAGAGUUUUAACUUGCACAAUAGUAAUAAAAUUGUAUCCGUGUGUUCUAUGUUUUCAUUGUUCAUCUUUAAUGGAAUUCCCGAUAUAUUAUUUGAUAAGCAUUACAACUUUUGUAGCCACGUGUCAUCACUAGUAUGAUUCUUAGAAUC